AUGUUUCAGAGAGGUAAUUCUGAGGUCGGGACGAAGCGCUGCAUCGGCGUAGAUCCCAAACCUGGAAAUGGACAACUCCAGACCCAUACAACCAACAGUGAUGAUGUCCGACCGAAGGAAAGGUAUACCUUUGGAGGUCCAUCCAAGUUUCGUUCCAAGACAGUGGCAAGUUUCCUCUGCCCUCAAGCACCGCACGAUAAUGCGGGCGGCGUUGGCAGACGAAGAUCGAGCAUUGAAGACCCCAUCCCCAGUAACACGCAGGGGCGCCGAAACGCGAUUGCCGGGGGGCACUUAGGUUUUUCAAUAGCGGGAACCAGGGGCAGCCAUUCUACCCAACAGGCCUUGGACGAUGACACUGUCAAUUCUCCUUAUAGCCUAAUACAUAGUACAUCAUGCAUUCCACACCAAGAUCAGAGCUGCUCCAUCUCAAGUCGCCUAAGACGUAGCAGCUUCGGAAGGCUUAAUUCAACGGACACAGGCAGUGGAUCACGCAAGCACCGCAUUGGCAAGGAGCUACUCGGACACAGAAGAGAGGCCACUACGACCACCUCUGGGAGGCUCCAUGCAAGCACCUCCCAUAAGCCGUAUUACACACAGCAUAAGUCCCUUUCAUCCCGCAAAUCGUCUCAGUCAGAUACCAGAGAAUCAUUUGAAUUCGAUGACAUGGGCUACCGCUCGAGCACCGGUCGGAGUUCAUCGACGUCAGCAAGGAAGGCUACGUCAGUCCCCGAAGAACCUGCCCUUCGCCGGCACACUUCAGCCUUCUACCCAAAUCAAAAUAGGGUGAAAAAUGUCACUGCCGGCGCUGACAAUGCAAAGAAUACGGAUGUCGGAAAAGUAGGCUUUAAUGCACCCAGUGGAGGCAGGCUGCCCCCCACGACUUAUUUGCUGAGCGCGACGCGGACAAGAGACUCGCUCUUGGUUCCAGGCGAAGGCCGCGCCUACCAUCUGGGUGUCCAACACGGAGAGCUUUAUAACCGUAUUCUGACAGUAGGCCAUGCUGGUCGUGCAGAUUGGCUUGCAGAGCGGUUCCUUGACUCGCACAUGCGGACACUCUCUUUGAAAAGCAACCGAAACUUCAGAUUGCACUCAGGAUUUUACAGAAGAAAACCUGUGUCUAUCGUUGCCUUCGGUAUGGGGGCCCCCAUGAUGGACGUGCUGGUUCGCGAGGCGUCGUACAUCACGAGUGGUCCCCUAGCAAUCGUCAGACUCGGUACGUGUACUUUGCUGGACCAAGACCUGCGGCCAGGAUCAAUUGUGGUUGCAACUGCCGGCUCACUAGGCUGCUACACAAACUAUGCAUAUUUUGAUGGGACUGCAGUAGAGUAUUCGCGUACUCAAGAUUUGAAGCCCUACACUAUUACCAGGCCAUGUGCUGCCGAUCCAGAGCUAUCAAGACUCAUCUAUCGGCAUGUGGCAGCUCACGAUCCAGACCUGGUCUUUGAAGGACUAAACGCAUCCGCAGAGACAUUCUACAGCUGUCAGGCCCGAGAAGACCAGCUUUUUCGGGAUGAGAACGAAGACCUACUAGAAACACUGGUGCGCUGCGGGGCGCAGACGUUGGAAAUGGAAACGCACCAGCUUCUCCAUUUGGCAUCCAGGAGAAUGGAACUGGUGAAGGCGGCUGCCGUUCACAUCGGAGUGACCAGCCGCACUAACGAUCACUUUAUGCAUCCGAUCACCCCGUCCCAGCUAAACGAGCUCGUCGCCGUGGCGGGGAAGGCUUGCCUGGAUGCUCUGGUGGAUGUGUCUAUCUGA